AUGGAGCUGGCGAAUCUGUAUACGGCGUUGGGCGUAUCGGUCUCUGCAGGAGAAGCUGACAUCCGUUCUGCCUAUCGCCGGAGGGCGCUGGCAACGCAUCCAGACAAAGGAGGCAGUGCAGAAGCUUUUAGGCUAGUUGUCAAAGCCUUCGAGACCUUGGCCGACCCCCGGCGGCGCACGGCUCAUGAUCGAGAACUCGAGCGUGCAACCUCGGCACCAGAGAGCAAGACGGAAGCGCCCGAGCGAGCGCCCCAGCCCAAUAAGAGAAGCCGGCAACAGGGGCCGAGGGAGUCAACAUCAGCGAAGGCCAAGCCCAAGCGUAGAUGCGAGGCUCCGACAGGCGACCAGAGCACUGGUUCACCGCCGCCCGAGGAGAUCCCCAAACUGGCAAAGGAGCUCGUGGGCCUUUCUCUGACAGUCAUUCGCUCCCGCUUGAAAAAGAUGGUGCUGGAAGUGCUUCGUGAACUGUUGACAUUUCUUGAGACAACCGGUCUCCAAGCUGCAGCGGAGUUCGGUGAGGAAGAGGAGGAGAACUACGUAUCGGCUUCCGAGGAUGACGCGGAGAAUGUUCUACCUCUGUGUGACGAUGAGUUCCCGGAUCCUCUUCGUGAAGAUGACGUUGAGGGCGAAGCUAAGCUUCAAUCCGACUGCAGGGGUCCUGGUCGAAGUGGUGUCAGGGGUGUAACUUUGCAUCGUGGUCGUGGGUAUAAGACAUAUCGAGCGAACGUGGGAUUCAAGGGCAUCAUUGCAUACACGCAGUACUGCAGUAAUUUGGACACGAUUAUUGACUUUCACAUGAGUCUGGUACAGAUGCGUCAUCGUUUUUUCAAGGAGUGCGAGUCUGGCAAACCCUUCGACCAAGCACUAGACCUUGCAACUGAGCAGCUGCAUAGGGAAAGGGAAGGAGCCGAUGCACCAAUGAUGAGGCUCUCGUUCCUGUGUGCUCGUGUGACAGGCGGUAGACAAGUAAGUCUGGAUGAGAUGAAGUUGGUGUGGCAAGCUUACCAAGAGGCUCUUGCUAUGGGACGCGAAGAGAAGCUGACUCGCCUGCACCAGCGCGCACAGGAAAGGGCAGAAAGGAAGCAGGAAGUGGAGCAGGAACGAAGAGAAUCAAAGCACACAGCCAAAGUACAGGCCCUGCGCACGGCUCUGCAGCAUGAGCUCGAGAUGCGCACACAGCGCAAUCUGGAGAAACGGACGCAGCAAGCUUUUGGUGUGAAGACACUGCCCCAGGGCGUAGUGAUCGCCAGCCUGCCCGGAGUCCCGCAGCUCAACAUGUGCUUGUGUGCACAGCUUCUGCUGAAGGAUGGUUCUCUUUGUCAGGGCCCUCUCCGUGCGAGCCUGGUCCUGGCGAAGCGCGACGUCAAAGAACUUUCGGCCAUCCGAGAGGCAAAGGGCGACGAUGCGGUCAAGCAGGAGGCGUCCAGGAGAGAUGCGGACGUCAUGACUUCUUUCUUCAUGACUGGUCGGCUGGCCCAAAUCAUGAGCGUGGACUUGGGGCACGAAUUCUUCAAGGUAGCGCUGAUGCGUCAGGGCGUUCCCCUGGAGAUCGUGCUGAACUCCCACUCUAAGCGGAAGACGUCCACGGCGGUGUCCUACUUUGAGGCAAGCAGAGUCUUCGGAGACGACGCCCUGGCACAUGUUGGCAAGGCCCCGACGAAAGUGCCGCUCUUCUUUCACAAUACCCUGGGUCAGAACUUCACUUCCGAGGCCGACGUGCAGGCGGGCGGUGCUUGGUGGAAGGAGUUCGGACUCAGCGAGCUCUUCUACAAGUACGACCUUGGCUAUGAUGAAGAGCGCGGUGUGCCGACAUUCAAGCUCGGAGACAUGGUAGCGGAGGGCGAGGAGGUGCUGGCCAGCAUCUUCUCUUUUGCCAAGAAGAUGUCGGAGGACUCUGCUGAUGGCAAGUCCGUCCGAGAUCUCGUCGUCACCGUCCCGAAUGAUGCAUCGCUUCGACAGCGCCAGGCGAUCGUCUCCGCCGGCGAGAUCGCGGGGUGCCGGGUACUGACCCUCGUCCACGAGACUUCUGCAUUCGCUGUUCAGCGAGCGGUAGAUGUGACGCCGGAGAAGGGGGCCAGUGAGGUCCACCUCUUCUACAACUUGGGCUCGAGGAAAGCAGAGGCGACGUUGGUCCGCUUCGAGAGCCGCAGCGCCGGGAUGGUAGCCGGAAAGAUGGCUCCGGUGCUCACCGUCCUCGGCUCUUCCAUCGACCACGGCAUUGGCGG